AUGCAAGUGCCGGUUCUCGGCUGCACUUUCCUCACGCUGUCAGAUCGUGAGGAAAGUACUGCCGAGAACCGGCAGUUGUCACAGCGGGGAUCGGCACCGAUCAUCAGGGCACUGAUGAUCAGUGCCCUGAUGAUCGGUGCCCAGCAGUGACACCCGCAAGUUCCGCUCAGCAUGCACCCAGCAGUGCCCCCACCUGUGCCCAGCAGUGCACCCACCUGUGCCACUCUGCAGUGCCACCUACCUGUGCCCAGAAGUGCCACCUACAUGUGCCCAGCAGUGCCACCCACCUGUGCCCACCCACCUGUGCCCACCAGUGCCACCCACCUGUGCCCA